AUGGAAACCCGUGGUUGGUUCACGGGAUUCCACCUACGUCAGCAUACGGCGCUGGCAGCGUCUGACUCGACGGCAGCAGUUCUCAAUGUGCCCGCGCUAGAAAGUGGAACUAGCUCCAAAUGCCGCAAAAAAUUGGCCCGAGUCGCCGACUCCAGCUCUGAUCCAAGCCAACCAUAUUUCCUUCUCUUCAGAGGCGGAGAAAAACAAAUUUCUCUAGAGUGCUCGAAGCCCGCCUUAUCCCGAGCCACGGUCUCUGCAGAUGCAACAGUGCCAGCGUUAUCUCCGGCCCCCCAUGCACCUGUAUCCUAUCCUGGUCAUACCAUAUAG